AUGUCGCAAAGGCAACCCUCGCGGGCGCGACCCACACGACGGCCCAAUCUCACUUCUGUUAUACCAAGUUCUCGUAUAGGUCUGAAUUUGAUCUGUUUUCGCUUACCUGAGGGAAUCGCUCGUCCCUUUCGUAAGGACAAAAUCGCCUAUCACAAGGCUCUAUUAGUCACGCCUGACUCACUGCUGGCCGACAAAAAGGAGACAGCGUUCUUGAAACUCGUAACAAGGAGCGGAAUACUGGAACGUGGUAUCGCUCGUGCGACGUCUCUCGGAUUCGGUUGCGCGUCGUUUGUGGGUCAAGUGCGGGUUCACCUACUCCUCUCGCCCGACCUCAAGGCUUUACCCAUCCGAGUGCUCUACAGAGCGUACACUGUACACCACUACACGCUAGCUGAAGAAAAUCAUAUAACACACUUCCUCGAGCGUUCGCCGUCGACCGAUCGCGUCGCGCGACACCUCAUUGUAUUGCAACCGUCGGCUGAGGGCAAAGUAAAAGACUUCGAAGUGAAGCGAGCCAAACUGAUCGGCCCUUCUCGUGGCUAUCGGUAG